AUGCUUUACCUUUUCCCCGUCUCUGUACCCACUCUCUCCACACCCACUCUCUCCACACCCACUCUCUCCACACCCACUCUCUCUGUGCCCACUCUCUCUGUGCCCACUCUCUCUGUACCCACCCUCGCUGUACCCGCCCCGGCCCUGAUCAUUCUUGCAGCUGUCUCGCGCAAGAAGUUUCCCGCCUCUCCUCCCCUCUCUCUAAGGUGCACCUCUACUCCCAUCUUUCUAAGCCAGUCACCUUACCCUUCCACUCCCCUGUCGCCCAGCCUUCACCUUAAUCCCGCGUCCACCUUCGUCCCAACCAUCAGAAAGAGUUACCGCAUCCAUGCCCGCCUCUCCCUCCUCAACUCCUUCGCUGCUGAUUUCAUCUGCGUUCAGGAGAUGGAGCACAAGCAUUUACUUCACACGCCGAUGGCUCUAGAGGGAUGGCAUGUGGUGUAUGCCAAGCGGCCAGGCCCACAUGCUGAUGGUAGCGGCAUCUUCUACCGCUCUGAAAGGUUUCGAGUGAUUUGUUCCAGCGUAAUCAACUUCAACGACCUCGUCCCUGAAGAUGAAGGAACAGACAGUGCUUAUACAAGGCCUGCUUAUAAGGAGGAUGGGGAGCACCAUGAGCAGCAGGCCAAGCAUCGGGUUGAGAGCCCCCGCAUGGAGCAUUAUCAUGGUUCGGGUCAUCACAUUCAUUCAUUGGACGAAAAACAUCACUUGGACCAGCGGCAGCAGGAGGAGCAGCUGCAAGGGCAGGAGGACCGUCGUGGUUCGGGUCAUCACAUUCAUUGGUUGGACGAUCAUCACAUGUGCAAUGAGAAGAUCGACCCUGACCAUCAAGAAGGCGGCGCACCUGGUGGAGGUCGCAUUGUCAUCGUGGUCUCGUCCCACAUAUACUGGAACCCCAACUGUCCUGAUGUGAAACUGGCGCAGGCCCGGUACCUGCUGCAGGAAGUGUCACGAUUCAGAUCGGAUAUAGAAGCCCUUUAUUAUCACCACUGCCACGGGGCAUCGCAGCUAAGUGCUGACUUUAUGUUAAGAGGAGGCGGUUUUCACGCGGAUGGUUCGCGCGUUGAGGGGAAGAAGGAGAAGAAUCAAAUUCCGGUGGUCAUUUGUGGUGACUUCAACUCGAAGCCUGGAGACCCAGUUGGCUUUGCACUUGCAUUUCCCUGGUUUAGCAACAACUCGUACUACGCGUAUCUGGAGGCCAUAGAUCGGCUGCACGGUGCAGUGCGGUUUAUAGAGGAGGAGCUAAGAAACGGCCGUUUGUUUCCCAACCUAGACGAGUUGAGGGAGGCGAUGCUAUCUGAGGAAUCACCUGACCACAUAUCACCGCCGGAGAUGGUGGAGGCUGCAGCCAUUCCGAAACUACAUGCCAUGGCCCAGCGGUUGAUCGAUAACGACUGCGCGCCAGACUGUUGCAAAAUGUACCGCGAGAUGCGGGAGGCGGCGCUGAAGCGCAACUUCCAGCGGCUGGGCGUGCAGCAGGUGACCAAGGCGGAGAUCCAGAGCACCCCGUGGCCGCGGCUGGAGGAGAAGAUGCGGCGCUGGAGUGAACACAUGCACAUUGGGAUGAUUCUGGUGGCGGGCGAGAGGGAGGCGUGCGACCAGGUGUUUGCAGGCCUGGAGAAGCACGGCGAGCAGUGCUUUGUGGAUCUCUCCCGCUCCUGCAUCAUCCUGCUCACACACUUUGGCGAUGCCAUCUCAGUCAUCAAAAAAUCCCCCGAGCGCCUCUUCUCCUUCCUCGACAUGUACGAGACAACGCUCGACCUCAAGUCCACGGUGGAUGAGCUAUAUCGAGCAGAGGAGGGCAGGGCAGUUCGGGACAACUACCAGGAACUGCUGACGAUUUUGGGGCGGGCAGCCCGAGACACGUUUGAAAAGUUUGAGGACGCGGUGAAGGCACAGCCGACGGCGGAGGAUAUGAGCGGCAUGGGGGGCAUGGGCGGCAUGGGGGGUAUGGGCAGCAUGGGUCAGCCUGGAAACGUCCCCCGUGCGGAGAUGCUUCGAAACGGAGGGUUCCUUAACAAGCUAAAGAAGAUGAUGCUGAAGCCAGACGACAAUAUGAGCGAGGAUGAUGCUGAAAGCAGACGACAAUAUGAGCAAGGUGAGCGGGCAGCAGGACGUGGCAUCAUCAUGCAUCAUCUCCCAUCCCCUCUUCUCUUUCCUCCUCAUUCCCCUUCUCCCAGGAUGAUGCUGAAGGCGGACGACAAUAUGAGCGAGGUGGGCGGGCAGCAGGACGUGGCAGCAUCCAACGCCAGUGGGGACGUGCACCCCAUCACCAGCUACGUGGUCAACUACCUGCUGCUGCCUCUGCAACAGUCGACCUGCCGUACUUCUCCAUCCUGGAGUGCGUGUUUGAGGACAUGGCCAACACCGCCAACGAGGCCGGCUCCUCCAUCAUCACGCCCGCGCGUGCAGGGCCGCCUCGCCUUCGCUGCUGCUCGCAUCCUGGAGGCCCUCAAAGUCAACCUGCAGCACCGCGCUCUCAUGCUGCGCGAUGACGCACUGGGAGAGCUCUUUUUGAUGAACAACCUGGCUACGCGCUCUUUGCUGUUCGCUGCUGCGCGCAUCCUGGAGGCCCUCAAAGUGAACCUGCAGCACCGCGCGCUCAUGCUAAGGGAUGACGCCCUGGGGGAGCUGUUCCUCAUGAACAACCUGGCUUAUGUGCUCACCAAAAUAGACGCUGCGGACGCAGGCAGGUUGCUGGGAACGGCAUGGAUUGGCAACUACGGGGCCAUAGUGGACAGCCAUCGCGACCGCUUCAUCAACUCCUCCCUCGCCAAGUUUGACCCGUUUGACCCGGUGUGGUCCGAUGACCGCCUCGACACCGCCUCUCUCGUAAAAAGGCUCAAGCUCUUUAACUACACAGUGGAGCAGAUGAAGCAACGCUACAUGGCGUGGACCAUUUCCUAA